AUGAAAGUCCUGCAUGAUCGCCAGUUUACGGUGCCUCAACCUUACGACCUCAGUCGACAUUGUGUGGUAAUGGAACUGAUCCAAGGCAAUCUUCUUCAUCGCGUACAUGAACUGGACAACGUGAAGGCUCUUUACGACAAAGUGAUGAACAAUAUAAUGAAAUUUGCUUUGUACGGGGUGGUUCAUGGUGACUUCAAAGAAUUCAACAUUUUUAUCACUCACUACGUGAGGCCAGUCAUCAUGGAUUUUUCACACAUGAUUUUUACUCACCAUGCAAAUGUUAAAAUGUUCUUCGAAAGGGAUGUGAAUUGCGUGAUCAACUUCUUCAAAAAAAGGUUCGGCUUCGAAAGCGAAACAUUCCCUCAAUUCUCAGACGUGGUGCGCUUGGACAUCAUAGAUAUGGAGGCCUAGCGUAUUGGGCUCAAAGAGGACCUGGCCGAACUCGUCAAAGCAGUGAGGCAGCAACUCUGGAAUGAGUCUAAUAACUGCGAUGUUGCGACGGCCGGUGAAUUAAAUGAAGAACCUCUGGAACACGUUCAUGUCGAAUUAGACGAAGAUUUCGAUUGGGGAUUCUUCCAAAACUCUUUCGACGAAGAAGUGAACUGAAUAUUCAACUAAAAGAUUCAUUACUCUAUGAUAAAAUUUGAGCGUAAAUCAAUUUCUUUUCUGUCGAAGAAGGUUUUCCAAUACGAGCGACACUUUGCUGUGCCUUCUUCUUUUCGGAAAACAGUCUCAAUUAGGGUUCCAAUAAUUUAUUAGCAGGUUUCUUUUUAGCUUUUGUUUUUUCUUCUGAGUUUUUUUUUAUAAAAUUAUAUUGUUGGAGUUGUCGAGUACUUAAACUGUUGGUAAAACUAGGCUUUGAAUAUACUGUUAAAUUUCA